GCGUGUCCGCGCGGACAGUUGAGACGCCAUGGUACUGUUUUCAAGUGAUGAUGAGCUUUCAGGUGAAAGGAAGCGCACAAAACGAAGAGCCAACACCAUCAGCCUGAAAAAUAUGGCAAUCAGAGGAUCUGAUGAAGAUGAGGCACCUGGUUUUGCAAGGCCAACGCUCGCUUUGUCCACUAAAAGCAAGAAGGGCGCAAAGCGAUUUGAUGACAUCUUGUCGGAGUUGUCAGAUUUGUCUAGCGAUGAACAGCCUCUUAGUGUGUGGCAAAGGUCCAGAACCUUUGGCCCUAUUCCAACUCCAACCUUGGAAGUGGAAAGCCAUGGUGGGCAUGGGGUGCUUGACAAAGCUGGAAUGGAUGAGCUCAGGGCAAUGAAGUCCUCGAUCAGCGAAGUCCCUCUCUUCCAGAAUUGCAGUCCAAAAUUUGUGGAAGCCAUCGCAGAGCAGGUGAGUCACAGACUUUUCACUCCAGGCGUCGAUAUCAUGACGGAGGGUGAAUACGGAGAUAGUAUGUACAUCCUGCAUCGUGGAGACGUCGAAGUGAUCAUCGGUGGAACAACUGUUUGCACCCUGUCAGACGGUGCAGUCUUUGGAGAAAUAGCAGCCCUGUGCAAGAAUCCGUUGCUCGCACGUCGGACGGCCACUAUCCGCGCGCUCACACUUUGUGACUGUCGAGUCACCUAUAGAGACAGCUUGCUGAAGGUCAUGUCUCGCUUCAAGGGUGAUGAGGAGAUCGUGGCCAGAAAGCUAGAGACCCGCAUCGUUGAGCUUCGAAAGAUGGGAAAGUUGCCCAAUCAGAAAGAAUGGCGGCGCGCCCCUGUGAAGCAGCAGGGUGGCCCACGGCCAAAGCCACGAACCCGACCAACGCUCCCAUCCCUCGGCCACUUGGGUGACGCAGGGGAUAAGGAGAGUGCUCGAGCAGAUGUCACACCUGCUUUGCACAUCAUCGUUGACAAUGAAGACCAGCGUACUGCAAGUAACACGCCUGAUGAGUCGAGGGGCAGAGGGGAAAAAUUGCCCGUUUGGGCACUGGAGAUGGCUUGUCGCAGGACGGAUGGACUAGGAGUAGCGUUUGACCGCUCCAAGAUGGAAGCAGUGGAGGAGCAUGGCCACCGCCGACAGUCAGUACCAGGGAUACCUGUGAUGCAUGCAACGGGCGGUCGCAAGAAGAAAGUUCGGGGCCCACGGGGCCACAGCUGCAUCUCAUCAUUAGCCUCGAUGAAGGCAGACGCUCAUGACAGAGAAUGUGCUGAAAACGAGCUGUUUGAAUGGCCACAGUCUGCCAGGCUGCCAUGCAGAGCCAGUGGUGCACCGUUAGCACCGCCACCUUUGCCAACACCUCCAGUGCCGCGUGUGUGGGGCGCGCGAACAGCUCGCAGUGCACCUCAUCCUAUAUCAUCGAUGCGUGGACCAUCGCCCUUGCGCAUACUACGGGACAUUCGCAGCAGCCGUUGAGCUGCGAGGACCUCGCCGAACACCGAAGUGACCUGCACAAGGUGGUAACAUGCCAUUUCUUCCCCAGGGCGCUGUGAGGCUCACAGAACAGCUGCUCGAGCAUGCCUGGAACUGGAAUAGGAAUUUCCUGGAAUAAUUCUCCCACGACAAAAACCAAAUUGUGAGCUGCACCUUGGAAGUUG